UUCCGGCCGCGCCGCGUCACUUCCGCCGGGCCGGGCAGGACGAGAUGGCGGCGCUGGGCGAGCCGGUGCGGCUGGAGCGAGACAUCUGCAGAGCAAUUGAAUUGCUGGAAAAAUUACAGAGAAGUGGAGAAGUGCCACCGCAAAAGCUACAGGCAUUGCAAAGGGUUCUGCAGAGUGAAUUCUGUAAUGCUGUGAGAGAGGUGUAUGAACAUGUGUAUGAGACUGUGGACAUCAGCAGUAGCCCCGAAGUCAGAGCUAACGCAACAGCAAAGGCCACGGUAGCUGCGUUUGCUGCUAGUGAAGGCCAUUCUCAUCCCAGAGUGGUUGAACUACCCAAAACAGAAGAAGGUCUUGGCUUCAACAUUAUGGGAGGCAAAGAACAAAAUUCUCCAAUUUACAUCUCUCGAAUUAUCCCUGGAGGUAUAGCUGACAGACAUGGAGGCCUGAAACGUGGAGACCAGCUGCUUUCUGUAAACGGAGUGAGUGUGGAAGGUGAGCACCACGAGAAAGCAGUGGAACUGCUGAAGGCAGCUCAAGGGAAGGUUAAAUUAGUUGUGCGAUACACACCAAAAGUCCUGGAAGAAAUGGAGUCCAGGUUUGAAAAGAUGAGAUCAGCAAAACGAAGGCAGCAAAAUUAACACUGUGUGCAAUAACUUAAAGAGAAAAUAUAUAUUCCUUUUGCA